GCCACCCACACUCGCGCCACCACUUUAGCCUCCCACUGCCCACAUGCGCGCACAGUCCUCCUAGCUUAUCCAGCGAGCUGCUGAGCAGAGCCGCGAGAGCUCUGCCAUCAGUCUCGGUUUCCCUUCAGACCAGCACUGAGCUGAGCUGAACCCAGUCGAUCGGCACUCCGCAGCAGGUCGCCAUGAGCAAGGAGAAGCACCACCGCGACUGGAUCCUCCGUCGCUGCUGCGGCUCCAUCUGCGCCUGCUUCCUCACGCUCGCCGCCGUCGUCGGCUUCAUCGUCCUCGUCAUCUACCUCGCGCUCCACCCUUCCAAGCCCUCCUUCUACCUCCAGGACGUGCAGCUCCGCUCCAUCGACCUCAGCGACCCGGCCAUCUCCCUCAACCUCCAGGUGACGAUCGCGUCGCGGAACCCGAACGAGCGCGUGGGCGUGUACUACAAGACCCUGGACGCGUUCACGACGUACCGGGACGAGCCGGUGACGGUGCCCGUGUCGCUGCCGUCGAUCUACCAGGGCCACAAGGACGCGUCGGUGUGGUCCCCCGUCAUGUCCGGGGACGCCGUCCCCGUGUCGCAGUACGUGGCGGACGCCAUGAGGCAGGACAUCUCGGCCGGGUACGUGCUCCUCCACGUCAAGCUGGAAGGCCGCGUCAAGUGGAAGGUCGGGAGCUGGGUCUCCGGCGGGUACCACCUCUUCGUCAACUGCCCCGCCCUGCUCGCCACCUCGGGCGCCGCCGUGGGAGGGGCGUUCGCCGUCAGCGGCGCCGCCGUCCCCGCCGGCGUCAACACCACCGUCUCCCUCAAGUUCACCCACCCCGCCGACUGCACCGUCGACGUCUGAAUCUUCUGACGGGCCGGGCGUCGGGCGUACGAGGAGCCAUCUAUCCCACGCGUCUCGCUAGCUAGCGCGUAGCUAUCGAGCAAUCUUGUAGCAUGCAGUUGAAGAAAUGUUCUUAUUAUUAUUCCCCCUUCCGAACCUGUGCAGAAUAAAUUAAUUAAAGCUACUACUCCAUAUAUAAAGUGUCUCGUAGAUUUUCUAUUAUACAAUUUCCACCAGAAUAGAAUUUUAUCAUUUCCAUCACAUUGUAAAAUUAUUGAGCCUAGUUACUUCAUAUCAUGCAUCUUUGAGGUUUUUGUUUUCC